GGAGGAGGAGGAGGAAGGACCGCAGCGCUGUUUGUCGAGCCUCCUGUUCAAGUGUCGUCUUUAUGCUUCAGUACACGGACGGACACCGCAGCCGUAAGGUCGAACGGACUCCAUUCUGCCCGUUUUAGUCGGUUUUAUCGGCGGUUCCUUCGCGAAACAACACCGCAGAACGAGCGCUGACCUGGAUCGCACCUGCCGCGGAGCAUUAACAACAAAGACUGAUCCGGCGCUGCGCUUCACCCGAGCCAGUUUGCCUGCCGUCCCUCCGACGGAUUCAUCUACUUAAAAGCCCCUGGUGCACGUACGAGGCUGAAGCUGCAGGAGGAGGUUUGUGUGCACGGAAUGUGGUGUUUGGACCUCCGUACUGCAGGCCGAACCUAACCGAUCCGUGCAGGACAGGUUUAAUUAUAGCAGCGCUCUGCAUGCGCGUCCUACUCGGACAUCCAACACUAGGCGAUAUUUUAAGGGUCAAGAAUCGUUCAGGAGAACAUCAGGCCAUUAUUGGUGUUUUUUUCAUUUUUUUAUUGUUGUUGUUUUUUUUAAAUGAUCUAACAGUCCUUCCUGAACACAGUCACAGCAGUUUGACGGUCGCCGUCAGCAGCUGUCCGGUUUAUUCAAUGUUCCCGUAGAAACAAAAGCAGAAUUAUGUGGGUCAGUCCCGAAGAUGUGCUGCUGGCAGGCGCGUUGUGGAUCACCGAGAGAGCCAACCCAUAUUUCAUCCUUCAGAAGAGGAAAGGCCACGGGGAUGGAGGCGGAGGACUGGCGGGUUUGCUUGUUGGGACCUUGGAUGUCGUUCUGGACUCGAGCGCUCGGAUGGCCCCAUAUAGGAUCCUCUACCAGACUCCUGACUCUUUAGUUUACUGGAUCAUUGCUCAUGGAACCUCCCGUAAAGAGAUCACAGAGCACUGGGAGUGGCUGGAACAUAACCUGCUGCAGACUCUGUCCAUCUUCGAGAAUGAAAACGACAUCACGACCUUUGUGAAAGGAAAGGUGCAGGGCAUCAUCGCAGAGUACAACAAGAACCACGAUGUCAAAGAAGACGACGACACGGACAAGUUCAAGGAGGCCAGCGCUAAGUUUCGGAAGCUGUUUGGGAUGCCGGAAGAGGAGAAGCUGGUCAACUAUUACUCCUGCAGCUACUGGAAGGGGAAAGUGCCUCGACAGGGGUGGCUCUACCUCAGCAUCAACCACCUCUGCUUCUAUUCCUACUUACUGGGAAAAGAAGCCAAACUGGUGGUACGUUGGGCAGACAUCACCCAGCUGGAGAAGAGCGCCACCCUCCUCCUGCCUGACGUGAUCAAGGUGAGCACCCGCGCCAACGAGCACGUCUUCUCCGUCUUCCUCAACAUCAAUGAGACCUUCAAGCUGGCGGAGCAGCUGGCCAACAUCGCCAUGCGGCAGCUGCUCGACAACAAAGGCUUCGAGCAGGACCGCUCACUGCCCAAGCUCAAGAAGAAGUCGCCCAAGAAGGUGUCGGCGCUCAAGAGAGAUCUGGACGCAAGAGCAAAGAGCGAGCGUUACCGUGCGCUUUUCCGUCUGCCCAAAGAUGAAAAACUGGAUGGACACACAGACUGCACUCUGUGGACUCCCUUCAACAAGAUGCACAUCCUGGGACAGAUGUUUGUUUCCACUAACUACAUCUGCUUCACCAGCAAGGAAGAGACGCUAUGCAGCCUCAUCAUCCCCCUACGUGAGGUGACAAUCGUGGAGAAGGCUGACAGCUCCAACGUGCUGCCCAGUCCGCUCUCCAUCAGCACUAAGAACCGCAUGACCUUUUUGUUUGCGAACCUGAAAGACAGAGACUUUCUGGUGCAGAGGAUCUCCGACUUCCUGCAGCAAACCACCUCCAAAAUCUACCUGGAGAGGGAACUGAACGGCAGCCUCAACAGCUCAGACGAUGAGGUUUACUCCCAGCAUGGAUCUCUGCUCUCCAGCAGUCCGCAGCACAGUUUGGGUUCAGAAAGCGAGCGUACGUUCAACCUGAACGACAGCAGCGUGCCCACAGCCACACAAGCCCUCAUGACCAUGUACCGCCGCCGCUCACCUGAGGAGUUUAAUCCCAAACUGGCGAAGGAGUUCCUGAAGGAGCAGGCGUGGAAGAACCACUUCACCGAGUACGGACAGGGAGUGUGCAUGUACCGCACGGAGAAGACCAAGGAGCUCGUUCUCAAGGGCAUUCCCGAGGGCAUGAGAGGAGAGCUGUGGCUGCUUUUCUCUGGGGCGAUCAACGAGAUGGCCACUCACCCUGGAUACUAUGAGGACCUGGUGGAGAAAUCGAUGGGCAAAUACAACCUGGCAACGGAGGAGAUCGAGAGAGACCUGCACCGCUCUCUCCCCGAGCACCCGGCCUUUCAGAAUGAGAUGGGCAUCGCUGCCCUCCGCAGGGUCCUCACGGCCUACGCAUUCAGAAAUCCCAACAUCGGAUACUGUCAGGCCAUGAACAUUGUGACAUCGGUGUUGCUGCUUUACGCCAAAGAAGAGGAGGCUUUCUGGCUGCUUGUGGCGCUCUGUGAGAGGAUGCUGCCGGACUACUACAACACCAGAGUUGUAGGAGCUCUAGUCGACCAGGGCGUGUUCGAGGAGCUCGCCCGCGAGUACGUUCCCCAGCUGUACGACUGCAUGCAGGACCUGGGAGUCAUCUCCACCAUUUCUCUCUCCUGGUUCCUCACCCUCUUCCUGUCCGUCAUGCCGUUCGAGAGCGCCGUGGUGGUGGUGGACUGUUUCUUCUACGACGGCAUCAAGGUCAUCUUUCAGCUGGCGCUCUCAGUGCUGCACGCCAACAUCCACCAGCUGCUGGGCUGCAAGGAUGACGGGGAGGCCAUGACCGUCCUGGGCAGGUACUUGGACAGUGUGACCAAUAAGGACAGCACCCUCCCUCCCAUCCCUCACCUGCACUCCUUACUGACUGAUAACGGAGAACCACAUCCAGAGGUUGACAUCUUCAAACUUGUCCGCAGCUCUUAUGAGAAAUUUGGCUCCAUUCGUGCGGAUGUGAUUGAACAGAUGCGUUUCAAACAGAGGCUGAGGGUCAUCCAAACCAUCGAAGAUACGACUAAACGCAAUGUGGUCAGAACUAUUGUAACAGAGACUGCCUUCAGCAUUGACGAGUUGGAGGAGCUCUAUGUGCUCUUCAAGGCGGAGCACCUGACCAGCUGCUACUGGGGCGGCAGCAGCAACCCCACCGAGCGCCAUGACCCCAGCCUGCCGUACCUGGAGCAGUACCGCAUCGACGUGGAGCAGUUCAAGGGCCUGUUCAACCUGCUGUUCCCCUGGGCCAACGGAGCCCACUCUGACCCCCUGGCUGUGCGCUUCUUCCGUCUCCUUGACCAAAACGGAGAUGCCCUCAUCAACUUCCGCGAAUUUAUCAACGGCCUGGGUGUUCUGUGUCACGGGGAUCUCACCGAGAAACUCAAGCUCCUCUACAAGAUGCACGUCUUACCUGAGUUCACUCAUGAACAAGAAGAACCAGAUUCUGCCUUUGAAGCCACUCAGUACUUCUUUGAAGACAUCACUCCAGAAACAUCCAUCGGCCAUGACUCUAAGUGCCGGAGUGAGAAGGACGAUGGUUUUGUCAGAGUUACAUUCAAAACUGAGAAAGUGAAGAAACAGAACAAUCCUGAUUAUCGCCAUUACUUGAAACUGUGGAACCAGGAGACGAAACCUAAACGAGAAAACACAAAAGACCUCCCAAAGCUCAAUCAGAGCCAGUUCAUCGAGCUUUGCAAGACCCUCUACAGCAUGUUCAGCGAGGAUGUUGCAGAACAGGAGCUCUACCACGCUACAGCGACUGUCACCAGCCUGCUGCUGGAAAUGGGAGAAGUGGGAAAGCUCUUCUCCUCCUCUAUCAGGAAGGACCACAACCUGGAGGGCAGAUCAGAGCCUAGCAUGUGUAUGAGAGACGUCUCAGAUCCCAAAAUCAGCCAGGAGCCUGAGGAUCUGGGAGACGUUUUUGGCCCUGCAGAUCUGGAAGACAAGUCGAGCCCCUGCGAGGAGGGAAAAGGGGAUGAAGCAAGCGAGCAGCUGCCACCGAUGCAAGACAUCAAGCUGGAGGACUCGUCUCCUAAGGACACGGGCACAUCGUCUGCCAUGCUCAUCUCGGAUGACGAAACCAAAGAUGACACGUCAAUGUCAUCUUACUCGGUGCUCAGCGCCGGCUCCCAUGAGCUGGAUGAGAAGCUGCAGUGUGAGGACAUUGCAGACGACACAGUGCUGGUGCGCAGCGACAGCGGCUCCAACGGCGGAGGAGGCGGCCGACCUCACGGCAGCGGGCCUCACGACAGAGGGCUGCCUCACAGCACCAGCAUUGACAAAGACUGGGCCAUUACGUUCGAGCAGUUCCUGGCCUCCGUCCUCACUGAGCAGGCUCUGGUGCAUUACUUCGAGAAGCCAGUGGAGGUGGCAGCUCGUAUAACUAACGCCAAGAAUGUGCGUAAAGUUGGGCGCCCCCUGCUGUCAACAAGUGACUAUGAGAUCUCGCUGUCUGGGUGAGGUCUCCGAGCAGGUUUCACUGGAGGACUUGUGCUGUUCUAAAAAGGAAAAUGUGAUUAUCAGUCAGUGGUGUUUUUGAGGAGAGUAAAGGUAAAUGUAAGAUGUGAGUGUAUGAUAGUUGAGUGAAUGUGACCAAAACUGCUCUUGGCAAUGUAUUUUACCAGAAAUUAAAGACUUUUACUGUAACAAUCACUAGAUUCUGUCCAUCUAGGAGGGAACAGGACAUUAAUAUUAUGGUUUGCUCAGAAGAAAUCAGCGUGUCCAUGUAGUAGCUGUACUUUAUAAGACAUUAUGCAUAGGUGUUAAUAUUGUAAUCUCUAGUACUCUUAUGCUAUAUGUAGAUGUAAAUGUCCACAGAUACUGUACAGCUCCAAACUGGGAUAUUGAGUCUACAGUACGUACAAUACGUACGAUCACCUAACUUCAUAUCAGGUCAAACUGUUGCUUCGUUACUUUACAGUUUCAUUCGCUGCUAAUCAAGACUUUUUGUUUUUGUUGCGAAUUGGAUGAAAAUAUGGAAGAAUACAAAACAAAGCUGUGAAAAUUCAAUGGUAGAGUGAAUUUUCACGUGUUAUUGUGUAAACUCUCUUCAGCUCCACUUUGGCAAAUCAAAUACUGUCUUUUUCACGCACAAACCUGUGACCUCCUGGAUAUUCACCCAAAAAAUAAAUAAUGUUCCCUCUAAUUAUAAAAUAGUCCAGUUUAUGAUCUCCAGUCAUGAUUAAUAGUUGCAAACAACUUGUACAAUAACAAUAGGAGGAAAAGAAAAAAAUGAUACAAUCACAGUUUCCUUGACUGAGAAGAAAAACCUUCAGACAAAAAAGAUUUUGAACGUUCCUUAAAUGAAGAUGGUUACACUAAAAUGCUGUAAGAAGGUGCACUUUCUUUGUUUACAACAUAAUGUGAUCCACUAAUAUGUGUUUGCUUGCCUUUUGCCUAGCUACUGUUGUCUGCACUCCAAACUUCAAAUGCUUCUGUUUUUGUUUUGUUUUUUAAUGUUUUUAUCUUUUUGCUCUUUACAUUUUUAUGUUGCUUUUUUUUUUUUUUUUUUUUUUAAGUUGUUCUCACGUGAAUACUGUAAAAAAUCCAGGUGUUAUUACUCUGGAUCCUGAUGCAUUGUGUAUCACUCCAUCUAAUUAAAAUUACAGUAUGAUUGAUUCAAUGCUGCACAGUAAAACGCC